AUGCUUCCUCUCCUCUAUGUGGGAGUGCUGCUAUCCUCAGUUGCCUCUCCAGCCUGUAUAAAUCCUCCCUGCAAAGAGAAUCUAGUGGCCUCACCCAUCCAGCUUGGGACUGGAGUUGGAGCAGGUACCGGGGCUUGUGAGGGUCAAACUGGGACAACUGCCUGCAGGACAGGGGUUUCACUUGCAGCAAUCUCGGACGUCCCUCGGAAAGUGGAGCACAAACAUGAAUUACCCCAGUUUCAGUACAAGACUGGGGUUGUCAGAGAGCGCCUGGUUCAGCUGCAGCGCUGCAUGCGCUCUGUCCAGGAUACUGGGGGACCUUGGAGUCACGAGGGCCAGGAGAGCAAUUCACUUGGGGCCAUCCUGGCUUUAAUGGCAGCUGUGCUGACAGAGUGUGACCUCCACUGUCACAGCCAGGCCCUUGGGGCCAUGGCUAAACGACUGGAGAGCGCAGCGGUGGGGAGAGAGGGGGAGAAAGACUUGCUGCUUUUCCUCAAGAGCAUCACUCAACAUCCACCCACAGUUGCCCCCUUGGAGAGGCUACAUCCUCGGGACUGUGCAGAGAUUUACACGCUGGGGAUCAAAGAGAAUGGAAUCUACACCAUCCAGCCUGACCUGAAUGGGCCGGCACUAGAGGCUAAAUGUGACAUGGAGACUGCGGGUGGCGGGUGGACAGUCAUCCAGAAUCGGCAAGAUGGCUCAGUGGACUUCAACAGAACAUGGCAGGAAUACCGGGAGGGCUUUGGAAAUCUGCAAGGAGAACACUGGCUGGGUAAUGCAGCGUUGCAUGCCCUUACCUCCAGUGGCCAACACCAACUCCGCAUUGAGCUGGAGGACUGGCACCAGCAGAGGCGCCAAGCCACCUACAGCAACUUCAAAGUGGCCUCGGAGGCACAGAGGUAUCGCCUGACAACACGGGAGUAUUCUGGUGAUGCAGGUAAUGCACUGAGCUACAGUAAGCGCUACAACCACGAUGGCAGGUCCUUCAGCACUGCUGACAGAGACUAUGACCGUUACGCGUCGGGAAGUUGUGGUCAGUACUAUGGUGCAGGCUGGUGGUUUGAUGCUUGUCUGGCAGCUAAUCUGAAUGGACGGUACUACCGUGGGCGCUACAGCGGGGUGACCAACGGCAUCUACUGGGGAACGUGGUACAUCCUGACAGAUGGACGAACUGGAGAGCGCUACUCCUUCAAGUGGGUGGAGAUGAAGACAAGACCCAAAAACUUUAUGGGAACAGACUAA